AUGGAUAGCAAUAAUAAUAACAAUGAUAAUAGUGGUGGUGGAGUAAAUAGAAAAUGGACAGAUGUAAAUUACAAGUUUUGUGAGCAAAAAGAGAAAGAGGAGAUCGCUGAAGAUGCAAUUCAAAAGGAGACCUCGUGGGAAGAUGUUGAUUUCGAUCAUAUCAGAGCGCAGAUGGCUGAACAGAUGAUUGCAGCUGAAACAGAAAUACUUACAGAUACAGAUCGUCAGAAAUAUGAAGAGGGUGCAAUGGAUUUUUGGGAUAAAUUCUAUCAUAGAAAUCAAGAGAAAUUCUUUAAAGAUAGAACCUAUCUACAUUUGGAAUAUCCAGAGUUGAAUCCAUUGAACAUCAACAGAGAUCAAACAACUCAUUUCUUUAAUUUCAUAAACUCACAAAACAGUACAACUACAACAACUACAACUACUACAACAACAACAACAUCGGUUUCAACUGAUAAUAACAAUACUACAGAAGUAGAAGAAUCUACUUCAACUACUGCAACAAACUCUGAAAGUAACACUGCUGCCACUAACGAAGUGAUAGAUAAAUGGUGGGAGAAUAUCCAAGAAUUAAAUAAAGAGACAGCACAGAAAGUUGUUAUGGAAGUGGGUUGUGGUGCUGGAAACUCUGUUUGGCCACUCUUAAAGUUGAAUCCAGAAAAGUAUUUCUAUGCAUUCGAUUUCUCACCACAUGCUGUCAAUCUUGUUAAAGCACAUCCAAGUUAUAAUGAAAAUAGAGUUACAGCAUUCGUUUGUGAUAUUGCAAAUGAACCGCUGCCAGAGAACGUUGCAGAGAAUUCAGUGGAUAUUAUUUUGUGUAUUUUUGUUUUGUCGGCGAUCUCCUUUGAGAAGAUGAAUCAGGUGUUAUCGACACUCUACAAAUCACUGAAGCCCGGUGGAAUCAUCUAUGUUCGUGACUAUGGACUUUACGAUAUGACUCAACUGAGAUUCCUCUCAAAGAAGGGAAGAAAGAUCGAUCAAAACUUCUAUUUGCGUUCCGAUGGUACUCGUACCUAUUUCUUCACCACCGAGGUGCUUUCACAACUCUUUACGGAUGCAGGUUUCAACACUCUCGUUGCCAAGUACGACACCCGUGAACUUAGAAACAGAAAGAAGAUGAUUUCAAUGUAUCGUGUUUGGAUUAGAGGAAAAUAUCAAAAACCACUUUUAGAAUCAACUCAACAACAACAACAACAAUAA